AGGACUGCGGCAGCCCCGUGGGCGCCGCGCAGGUGGUGGGCGCCGCGCAGGCGCGGCAGCGCCGCGCCUCGGAGCUGAGCCAUAGCGAGCGCCUCGGUGCGCUCUUCGGCCAGGCCUCGGCCAGCAGCCCCAGCCUGGCCGUGUCCUCGCGGGGGCUCGGUGGCAGCAGCCCCCUCCAGCGGUUCGGCAGCGAGGGCGCCCUGGGCGCGGGCAGCAGCGCGGCCAGCCCCCUGCGGGCCGGCGCCGGGCUCUCCCUGGGCGGGCUGCCCUUCUGCCCGCCGAGCGGCGGCAUGGGCGGCCUCUACCUCCGGGUCGAGGCCGUGAAGAGGAACGCGGAGAGGAACAAGAAGGAGCUGGCGGCCAACCGCGCCUUCAUGGACGAGGUCCACGCCAUGGAGUCGAGCGGCGCGGCCGCCCUCGCCGAGAAGCGGGGGGCGGCCGGCGCCCCCAAUGAGGAGGAGGAGGAGGAGAGGGGGCUGGACCCGCGCAGCGAGGCGGCGCUGGUGCACAAGCGCAUCGAUGCGAUGCGCGAGAAUCUCCAGGCCAACAGGCAGGAGAUAGAGGCGAACCGGCGGAAGCUGGACGAGAUGCUCGUCUUCGGGGGCAAGAAGGCGGCCGACGUCUUCGACCCGGUCAACUUCGCGAAGCACUCGGGCCUGGGGAAGUUCGCCCUGCCCGCGGGCGGCGAGACCUCCACGGCCCGCAGGCUGGACUCCAUGACCAGCAACCUGAAGGUCAACGAGGCCAGGCUGCGCGAGCACCGCGCGCUCCUGGACGGGAUCCGGGAGGCCAAGGAGCGGGGCGACAGCAAGCAGGCGCCCCGCGGGGCCCUGCCCGCCUCCGAGGCCGCCACGACGGAGCAGUGGGGCGGCGCCUCCGCCAGCCUGGUCACGUCGGUGCGGAGCCUCGACGUCGUGCGGCGGCCCUCGGGGAGCCUCGCCAGCCGGCUGGAGGCGGUGGCCGACGCCGCCCGGGGCAACGCGCUGGAGCUGCGCGCGUUCCGCGGCACCAUCGACGAGGCGCAGGGCGCGCUGCUGCGGGAGAAGACCGAGGACCUCGCGAAGACGGCCCCGCCCGUCACGAGGCUGUUCUGCUCCGGGCAGCUGCGCCCUGCGCGGGCCGCCGGGCCGGACCGCAGCAAGGAGAUCAGGAACCGGUUUGAGGUCCUCUCCACGAACGCCUCGAGGAAUUUCGAGCAGCUGUCGCAGCAGCGCCACGGUCUGGACCAGGCGCGGAGGCGCGAGGAGGCGGACGCGGCCGAGAGGGCCGCCGAGCGGCGAGGCUCGGCCUCGCCGGCGCGGUGCCGCGCGCCGGGCUUCGGCGUGGCGAUGUGAGCGCAGCCCGACGGGGCUCGCGUCGGUCCUCGUCGUCGUCGUCGCUCACCGGACGUGCUCGCGUCGUUUAAAAUUCCGCCAGUCGUCUGUCGUUCUGACUUCGUCCUGACUUCGUUCUGACCCCGUCAGUGGUCCCCUCGCGCCGCUCCGCUCGGGGGCGGGGCGCACCCCUGGCCCUGUACACUACGAUCUCGGGCGCGCCCCCGCGCCCGCGCCCUCGCUCGGAGGCCCUCUGGCCGGGUGCGGGGCGUGCACGCGCCCCCUCCCCCCCCCCCCGAAGGGGGCGGCGGCCGUCGCGCGGGGUGCCCCGCGCCGAGGGCGCGCCUCGGAA